AUGGACGCCGACUACCGCCUCUCGCGGCCCGUCGACCUCGUCCAAGUCUCCGCGCGCAGCCCCGCAGCAGCAGCCCGCAAGAAGGGCGGCGGGCACGGGACCGGGCGCGGGCACCACAAACCGCCGACGUUCCCCGUCCCCAGACGGUCGGUGGUCUUCAAACAAACGCCGCGGCGGAUCGGUAGAGGGCAGGACUACGACGGCCGGCUGAUGCGCUUCGACCGCGGGACGCGCUGCACGGGCCAAGUCGAAGGCACCGACACGGCGGCGGUGUUUAUCCUCGAGGACGGCGCGACGCUCCGCAACGCCGUCAUCGGCGCCAACCAAGCCGAGGGCGUGCACUGCCUGGGCGCCUGCCGGAUCAUCAACGUGUGGUGGGAAGACGUCUGCGAGGACGCGCUGACGCUCAAGGGCGACGGCAACGCGCUCGUGUACGGCGGCGGCGCCCGCGCGGCCGAGGACAAGAUCAUCCAGCACAACGGGCUCGGCGAGGUCUGGAUCGAGAAGUUCAGCGCCACCGAUUUCGGGAAACUGUACCGGUCGUGCGGGAACUGUAAGCGGCAGGGCCGGCGGGUGGUGACGAUGAAGGACGUGGUUGCGAUCAGGGGCAAGGAUCUGAUUGGGAUUAAUGUCAACUAUGGGGAUGUGGCGACGGUGCUUGGGGCCGCUACGAGGCAGGUGAAGGAGACGUGUGCGAAGUUUGUUGGGAAUGAUAGGGGACGGGAGCCGGUGAAGGCGCCGGUGGGAUCGUUCCCGAAGGCGUGCUCGCUGCAUGGUGUUAAUGUUUGA